GACAUGCUCCGCAGCUGCCCCGCGGUCAGUCUGAAAGAAAAGAGUCCCGCGCAGCCCCCCCACCCCCCGGCGCGGCGGCCGAAUCACUGUGGAUCGCCGCUGCCGCCGCCGCCGCCGCCGCCGCCGCCGCCGAGACUGACAAACAACCCUGCAAUGACGUCUCCCUCCGCCGCCUCCGGAUCCCUCCGCCCUCCGCCGCUACCACAGAGUAUAGAGACAUUACCCAAGAGGUCGUGGGAGGAUCAACAGCUUGUUUUGUUUUCUUUAACCCGUGCCAAAAAUAACUCCCCUCUGGUUGGUUCAGUGGCUUAUGAACUCUGGUACUUGGGGCAAGAAGAGAGAGGAUCGCAAGAUCUUCUAAGGCAGCAUUGAAUACUGAGGGCCACACAACAAUCUCCUGAAAUGGUUCCUUGAAGCUACCAAAUAGUCUUUCUGCUUUGCAGUGGGGUUUCUAGUAUUGGAAAUUCUGGGCAAACAUUAAAGGAUGGUGUAUUAUGCAGUUUUUCCUUUCUGGGUCUGCUUUCAAUUGAAGAUAUGUGUCAGAGUCCGGGGACUUGCCUAUGGGGGGGGGAGUACCAUUGUAUUUUUAAGAAUGUGGGGGUGCAGUCUUCCAAGCAUAUCAAUGAGUGGUUGGUUGUCAAAGAAACCUACAAAUAUGAUUCAUAUCUGGGGGAGCGCUCCAGCAGACCUGAGUGAGGGUUAUCUAUCCAGCCUGAGACAACUUCAGGUUUUUUACACUAGCAAGAAAGGUGCAAAUGGGCGAGAAGUGCCCCCCCACCACCAGGGGGUUCAGAGGUGUUGACCUCCCACAGACCUUGAAUAUUUUUUGUAGUUACUGUCUUUCCCUGUAUUGCUGCUAAUUCCUACUUUCAGGACUUUGUUAUACUAAGGACUCUGAGUACUUUUGUAUCCAUUUGGGGAAUUGUUCAGUUCAACAGGUAAAGGGAGGGUGGAAUGAGGACCUUAGCAUUGCCUCAACCUUGCCCCUAGUUCUAUGGAAGCAGAGUUAACUUUUCCGACUUUCCUUGUACCUCUUUCUUCAAACCCUGAAUUCUCUCAGCUUCCAGUGACUGCCUUAGUGAUCAAGUUAGCCAGGCCUAACUCUUGAUAGGUCCUGUUAGACAUUCACAAUGUGUUUUCUAAGUUAAAAGCUGAAUAUUCUUAAUGUUUUUGCUUUUCUGCCAUUGCAGUCCUAACCCUUCCAAUAGCAAAGGAGGAAGACACACAGGCAGGGUUACAUGGAGAAAAAUGGUAAAUAGAAACUAUAUCUUAAAAAUAUCCCUCAUGAGCUGGGGCAUUAGCUCAUGCCUGUAAUCCUAACACUUUGGGAGGCCAGGAGUUGAAGACCAGCCUGGGCAACAUAGGAGAUCCUG